CGCCCGCCUCACCUGCGGCAGGUGCGCGGCUCGGCGGGGCCGCCUCUGCGCCGCCCAGUGAGGCUGCGGCGGCAGCGGCGGCAGGAGCAGAGGAAGCGAGGGGGAGCGGGGGAGCCCCGGCCCGGGCAGGAUGAACAACCCUAUACCUUCCAACCUGAAGUCAGAAGCUAAAAAGGCAGCUAAAAUACUACGAGAAUUUACAGAAAUAACUUCCAGAAAUGGACCAGAUAAAAUCAUACCACCUCAUGUAAUAGCUAAAGCCAAAGGCCUUGCAGUUUUGUCUGUUAUCAAAGCUGGAUUUUUGGUGACCGCUCGAGGUGGAAGUGGAAUUGUAUUAGCCCGUCUUCCUAAUGGAACCUGGUCUGCUCCCUCUGCAAUAGGAAUUGCUGGUCUUGGUGGUGGAUUUGAAAUUGGAAUUGAGGUCUCAGACUUAGUGAUUAUACUGAAUCAUGAAAGAGCAGUAGAAGCUUUUGCCAAAGGAGGAAAUCUUACACUUGGAGGAAAUCUUACUGUGGCAAUUGGACCUCUGGGGAGAAACUUAGAAGGGGAUGUUGCCCUGAGAAGCUCUGCUGCUGUCUAUACAUACUGCAAAUCUCGAGGGCUGUUCGCAGGCGUAUCUCUGGAAGGAACCUGUUUAAUUGAAAGGAAAGAAACAAAUCGCAAGUUUUAUGGGCAGGACAUUCGGGCUAGUGCCAUCCUGCUUGGUGACGUGCCUUUCCCUGCUCAAGCAGAUGAUCUUUAUGAAAUUCUAGCAUCCUUCACUGAAGUGUAUGAAAAUGAAGAACAAAAAAAUAAUCCAGGAAAAUCUGUAAGGGAACAAAGAAGGGUAAAUGACCGACCUGCUAGACCAUCAACCAGACCAGAGCCGCCUAAACCCACUGUUAGACCUACACCACCGGCUAAAAAGAAUACAAACAAACUUUAUCCUGAACUUCCCAAUGAUUAUGCAUCUGGGGAGGCUGUGGAUUGUUUCCCAGACCUUUGUAAAAGCUAAGACUUCUAUCAAGUGAACCAGAUUAUGUGCCAAUAAUACCCUUGGCAGAAAUUUUGAAGCUGACUAUACAGAGAUUUGAGAAUCAAAAUGCAGAGACAGUGUAUUGAGAUUGAGAUACUAACUCGGUAUGAGUAGAGGAAACAUGGAGAAGCUUGGCAACAUAAAAGAGUCCCAGAUCAUUCCUAAAUCAUCAGUUUGACCUGAAUAAAACAGAGCUCAGUUCUUGUCACUCUACUUUGCUUCAUGCUUGAAGGCUAUGCUUAGGAUUGCAGCUCAGCUUUUGCAGUAUAUUUCAGCACAGGCAUUAUUUGCAUUAAUGUCAUGUUGAGCACGAUAAAGCCCUUGAUAUUGCUUUGGUUUAUUUGACCUUUUCACUUUGAAUGAAAAUCUAAUUGUUUUUGGAAAUGUCAGAAAAAUCCAAAAAGUAAUCAGCAAAAGUACUGCGAUGGAAUUGACUCUUGCAAGCAGGAGGUAGGGCUUUUUUUGUAUCCUAAAUAUCAAAUACAUCCACAGAUGCUUAACAAAAAAGGCACUUCUUUAAUGCAAAAGCUGAGUGUGCUGAAACAAAGAUAGAAAACAUUCCAUCAGCAGAUGAAGAUGAUGAGCCAGCAUGUUCCCCAGUAGGCCAGAAACUCAAAACCAGCGAAAUACGUUUCAUACUGAGUGAGCUAAAUUUGCACAGUGACUUAAACUUUAAAUAUAGUCAGGUCUGUUUCAAUCACCAGUUUUGUUUGCUAGACAUGACACUGUUCAGUAACAACUCAAGUUGGUGAUAUGGAAUCUGCUUUGAAAUGAUCCAUUCCUAGCUUAUAUAGAAGAGGUCAAAAAAUACAUAAGCCUUCUCCUGGGUUUUGUGAGUCUCUUAUUAUGCUGGGUAUAAUAUCUUCAUUCCGUGCAUACAGAUUUGCUGCUGAUGAUGAACUUUUUAUCUGUUGAGGCUUUUCUGCAAAACUGAGGGUCUUGCAUCUUAUAUGGAACUUCUAUGGCUAACUUUGCCUUGAAUAGUUUUUUCUGGCCAUCGUUUCUUUGUUAAUGGAGAAUGUGGUUAAUAACCAUUAAUAACCACAAGUUAUUCUGAAAAUCAACUGGAGGGCUUUUUAACACUGGAAACCUGGACAAAGUACCCAGUUACAGUAAUACAUAACAUCUAGUACUGCAACUAAACCAAAAAUAGGGUUUGCUGAGGCAGUCCUCAUGGAAGUGGAAGAGGGCUUAACAUCUGGUUUUGCUUUCCUUUCAAGAACUUGGGUGUACAUUUAGUACUGAAACACAUUAAAGAGAGUAGUUCCUGGAAUGAUACAGGCCUUCCUUUAGAUUAUCAUUGUACCUUGAAUACAUUUCCUAGGUUACUAGGAAAAGGAAAACAUUGUACACAUCUUUAAAAAGGGUGGAAAGGAGGGCCCCUGGAACUACACUGCAACCUUCACCUCUGUGCCUGGGAAGGUCAUGGAACAGAUCCUCCUACAAGCUGAACUAAAGUACAGGGAGUCAGGGGGGUGAUUUGAGACAGCCAGCCCGGCUCCACCAGAGGCAAGUCCUGCCUGACCAACUCAACCAACUUCCAUGAUGGAGUGACUGUGAUGGAGUGGACAAGGGAAGAGUUACAGAUGCCAUUUAUCUGGAUUUCAGGUCCAAGCCAAGCCAAGUCAUUCUUUGAUUUUGAAAUUGCCUUAAAGCUAUAGCUGCUGUAACAAAACAGCCUUCAGGUGUUCUACGUAUAAAACAAUUCUUUGCCCAUAAGUGAAUGUAGACUAGAGUAAUGCAACUUAUGCCUUCUAUCCCUCCUCAGACCAGGUUUGUUUAACUGGGCACAAAUUGGCAUUUGUGGGGCAUUUAAAGAGUAGUUUUACCCCAGGGACAGUGAAGCUCACUUAAUGCAAAAAGUCCACCCUCAUUUUCUUAGUCAUGAAGAACUGAUUAUUUGCAGGCUUCAAUAUUGAAUUUAAAUACUUGAGUAUCUUAAGAAGCUUUUUUUCAGAAAGUAGAGAAAGGUGAUUUUGUUUACUUGCCCAAAACAAGCCAGAAUUAUUGGCAAAGAAACAGCUAAGCAAGAUAUUAUUUGUUCUGAGAGUGAUUUGCUGCAUAUCAUGUCUCCUGACUUUUGAUCAGAUGAGUAUUAUUGGAGAUUAUUUGGAUCAAUGGUGGCAUAUGACAUACUUCAAGUAUCUGUACAGAAUAUAUCUGAUUAUAGCAGAUUAGUACCUGUAGAUGUAAAAUGUCAAGUCUACUGUGCAUAUUUAGGCCUUCCCAAACAUCUGUUCAGUGAGAUCUGAGGUUAUUGUUUUGUAUAUGCAGAGGGUUUUUUUUGAGGUAAGACUACAUUUAAAAAACAAAAUUAAAAAGGCCAUUAAGGAAAUUAGUAGUUUAAUGUGAAUCGGACAUUUGAGAUUUCACUUUUAAGGCUUGGUUGAACAAACACUUGAUUUGUUAUUUGUCCGGAAACAACUAAAAUUAAAUUUGUAAGUAAGUAUACAUCUGUUCUGCUCUAGAAGCUGAAAUAACCCCCUUUUUUUCUUAAGCUAAAAGCUGAGAGGUGAGAGCUAAGAAUAUGGAAAAUGAGCACAUUGGGUAGAGAAAAGAGUUUAUCUGUAUCCUGGUGUGAUUCAAGAACUGAAAUUAUUUUAAUGGCUUUUAGUCUUUAGGAUACAGUUGGGCUACUAUUUUUCUUACUAAAUGGGAGCUGCUUGAACACUUUUUCUAAGUAGCCUUUAGAAUGCAUAAUAUUUUGUUGCCAUAGAGGAGUUGAAAAGUUAAUUUCUGAGUCACAGUGUAUAAUACACUACAGUAUGGUUCUUCUUUAGUCCAUUUUACCCAGUCCUGUCUGGCUGGUGUUUUGCCUUGUCACAAUAGAAGAAAGCCAUAAAACCUUUUAAUUUACUGACCUCUUAUUCUCUGUGUAGUAAUUGAUAUGGCCCUUUCUUUCAUCCUUUCUCUAACUUUCGUUACCACCUUUCCUUCAUAAGUUUUUAAACAGAUCAUUUGCCACUUUCCCAAGAUGCUGCUGUUUUAGGCCUAUUCAGGCCUUUAGACAUAGUGAAUGGUAAAGCCUGAGAAUGGACAUUGCCCAAUAAGGGCCCAAUAAGUGAAUUUCAACAUUGUAAUGUGUUCUAUUUCUGCUUAUCAUGACAUUGUAACUUAGAUAAUGCAGUAAUUUGACUUAACUUUAGUGCAUCCUAACUGUGAACGUGAAUUCAUCACCUUUGUGGCUCUGAGCUGCUACAUCACCUUUGUGGCUCUGAGCUGCAACUUUGAGCCAAAGCUGAUGCUACCUAAGUUUGUUAGAAACCACUUACACAUGGUAAAACUUUGAAAUUCAGACAUCAGCAGAACAUGGACUAUUAUUUGCAUUAAACUUCUUCAACCAUAAAAUAUUAAAAAGUAUACAAAUUCAGUGAACGACACUUAAUGAUGUCUUAAUCUUCAAAAUGCCAAUUUUCGAAAAGUCAGAUGGAAUGAGAUACUGCCUUUGUCAUGUUCUCAUCAUUGUAUGUGGUCAUAAAGGGGACAUUUUGAGGUAGUGUUGUUUAAAUAUUUCAUGCCUUUGGAAUUUUUCUUUCUUUGUUUACAUUCCAGGAAGUAAAUGACCCAGUCCUUUUUCAUAAAAGUAUUAUGUAAUAUAUGCAAGAGGUUUUUAAAUUUGAGAAGAUAAUGGUAGUCACACCCAUUU